AUGGCACCGUCCAGCCAGUGCCUCUGCUCGCUCUGUGGUGCACUGGUGCCCACCACCUGCAAAGGUGGGUCGCUUAAUGCGGGUCUAGUGGCGUCCACAAGGGUUGCGGUUGGCCCAUAUGUCGCCGUGCCUGGUCGUGCCUGGCUCACCUGGCAGAGCGCGCCUUCCAUCUCUUCGUCCUCUCCCGGGCAGCUGUCGUCUGGUUCCAGCUUGGUGCAGUUUUGGUGCAGUUCUGGUGCAGUCUGGCGCAGAGGCGAUGCAGCAAGUGAGGUGCAUCGCCCGCAAUGCCCGCCGACAACCCACAGACACCGGCGUCAGAGUCCGUCAGACGCCAUCUCGUACCGUGGUCCCGUCCCGUCUCCAUGGCAAGCAGUUCAGUUAUGUCUCUGUGAGAAAGGCUCUGUCUGUCGUCUGGUCCCUUCUGCAAACCGAAAAGUCCCAGCGAACAGCGAUCAUGAUGGAGUGGAUCUCACCCACCACGCUCCCCUUCCUCGUGCUCCUAUUCGGGCUCCGACGGCCAAGGCUUUCCGGUCGACCCCGUCGUUUUCCCGAUACCCCCAGGUGACCCAGGGUUACCUUACCACUGGAAAGAACGGCACUCAUCCGACUGCCGCCAGGCCUGUUGGUGAGAUCCUCUCCUCUGUUCCUGAGCUAGACAGUACCGAAAGAAGCCCUAGAAGUUGA